AUGAGGAGCUUUGUAUUUCCUGAUACGUGUCCAGUCUUAGAAUCGCGCGUUAUAUUUGCAGCUGUCCAUGAAUUUGGCAUUGGGUAUCAUCUGACCUUAGUUCAGAAUGAGAAGGUUGAUAUGAAUGGCAUCCAGCAUUUGAUCAAGAGCAAGAUCCCAAAUGCUUCAUUAGAAAGCAGGGUCGGGUCAGAGAUUGGUUAUAUUCUACCAAGAGAGAGUUCUUCAACCUUUAAAGAUCUGUUUACCCAGCUAGAAGAUGAGAGAGGUCCUCUAGGUAUCGACAGCUUUGGAGUCUCAGUCACCACGAUGGAAGAAGUCUUCAUGAAGGUUGGUGAGAUGGUAGAUGAAGAAGAAGAAAAUGGAGGAGGGAUGAUGAGACGUCGAUCAAGCAUUAUACCACCACCGAGACCUACCAAUGGAAAUGUAGACCCAGUCAUUUAUACCAGUGGUGAACCAGGAGUGAAGGAUCCUCAUGUUAAGAUCAGUGUAUUUGGUAUCAACACUGGACAAAGCAAUCUGGUGACCGGCAUAUUGUUGAAGUUCCUUCAGUUCAAAGCUAUCUUCAUCAAACGUUUCCUGUGUGCCCUCCGUGACAAGAAGUCUGUCAUCACCCAGUUCAUCCUCCCAAUCAUCUUUGUAAUCCUUGGUAUUGUCCUCCUUAAGACAUCCAGUGAUCCCACUGACGAUAGGGCUCGUCUUCUCAACCUUAAGAACAUGUCCGAGUACGCUCCGUCAGGAUCAGCUAAGAUCUUCUAUGCCGAUCUCACAGGAGAUGAUGAUCACUUUCAGUAUCUGGAGCCUUUGAUGAUGUCGUUAACAGUGACUCCAAUUAACAUCACGUCAAUCUUACUGGAUACAAUAGCAGAUAAUUCAGGGGAUCUGAUCAAUGGUGCUACUAGAACAUCCAAUUCAGAUUGCUGUGGGUACACCGAAAUGGUCCUCAAUGAAUACUGUCAAGAAUUUUUGUACAAUGAUGGUGCUGGAAGAACAAUAUGUGAUGACGUUACAACCUUUGGCUACUACAACUGUCCAACCUGUGUUGCUGAUACUGAUGAGGACAUAGACUGUUCAGUUGGAGCUAAUUCUUCUUCUGUUGCCGUGGAUACUGUCUAUCUCUCCAACUACAUCCUUGGAAUCGCUGAUACUCAGAACUUCUUCUAUGACAAUGUAGCCUCCUAUGUACUAUCUACAACCCCAGCAGGAAAGACCAAGCUCACCAUUGGAUACAGCAAUCAGGGAUUACAUAUACCAGCUGAAGCACUGAAUGGUGCUGCUAACAUCCUGCUUCAAUACUUUACCAAUGAGAGUUAUACCAUAGAAACCAUCAAUUAUCCUCUUCCUAGGAAUGCACAAAGUCAGGAGGAUGCAGCAGUUGCAUCUACAGAGGUGUUUUAUUUUGCUCUUCUUGUUCUGUUUGGUCUGGCCUUUCUCACUGCUAGUUUCAUUCUAUUUAUUGUCAAUGAAAAACAAACCAAGUCUAAGCACCUGCAGUUUGUAAGUGGCUUAGACACCAUUACCUAUUGGCUGUCUAACUACUGUUGGGACGUCAUCAACUAUUUGGUCAUCUGGAUCAUCAUUAUCGUCUUGGUUGCAGCUUGUCAGGUAGAAGCCUUUACAGGAGAAAAUCUUGAUAGCUUUGUAGUUGUCCUGCUCCUGUUUGGAUUAGCAGCAAUAUCAUUUGUCUAUCUCUUCUCCCUUCUCUUCAACUCCUCUGUGAUUGCCUAUGCCUUGACUGCAUUUGCUCUGUCACUCAUUGGUAUGGGCUCUCUGAUAGCAGUUUUCAUUCUGGAAAUCCUUGAUGAAGAUAAAGCAGCAGACUACACAGAUUACAUCUUUAACCUACUGCCAACCCAUGCACUAGCCAGAUCUAUCAUGUUUAUUGCUACUAAUGAUGCCAUCAGAACCAGCUGUGAAAGCUCCAACCUGGCUCGAGAUCAGUGUGCUAAGAGUAAUGUAUCCUAUGCAUUAAAUAACUUGGACUGGGAACAGCCUGGCAUCGGAAUCAACUGCACUUACUUGGCCUGUGAAGCUGUUAUCUAUCUACUGCUCACUAUUAUACUAGAGCUUGGAUUUGGAUAUUCCUGCUGUGUAUCAAGCUACUUUAAAGAUUCUAGAAAACCUGAGGAUCAAGAUGUAUUAGAGGAGAGGACUCUGGUUGAGAAUACUGAUCCACAUGAUAGCAAGUAUGCUGUCAUUAUUAAGAAUCUAGCAAAGGUAGGUAUGCAUGGGCAUAAUAGUUUUAGUUUCAUCCAAUCGUACAUGUAAUCCACAUGAUAGCAAGUUUGCUGUCAUUAUCACCAAUCUAACAAAGGUAAGAAUGCAUGUGAGUAGUAUUUCAGCUUCAUCCAGUCAUUGGGACACUCACUAUCCAUUCUUACUACACUGGCCUUAUCAGUUACUGUAGAAACGAGACUAGGAAACUGUUUAUGGCAAAUCAAUUUCUCAACCGGAAGAACUCUAAGGUUCACUCUUUUUGUGAAUCUUUAACUCCUGAUGAGUCAGUGGCUGAUUUAAUUACAGCUCUGUCGAUGUAGUUUAUUUGGCCUACCACUGGUGACGAAGUUUACACACUUUGUGAACUUUGUAAACUUGCAAAGUCUUGUCGACAUGAUCCGAUACAUACUUUAAAGGACAAGUCCACCCCAACAAAGAGUUGAUUUGAAUAAAAAGAGAGAAAUCCACCAACAGGCAUGAGAAUUGUCCGAUUUUUAUCGGAAUUCCGAUUUUAUUUCAUCAAAAUCUGUGGUCGCCGAGUUCGAUGUGAAUUUGAUAUAAUAUUUGGGGGGGGGUAGGGUCUGGGGGGUAGCGAGUCACCACGAGGCUGAAUCCUUACCGGGCCGCGCCGGCGGGGAACGCACUGAUCGAUCCGUUGCUACAUGUAGCUACACUAGCUCAAGCAGCAACACGCACGGAGCGCGAGACUGCACCGCGCACUUCUUCGGUCGCACCACUGACAUGAACGAUAUACCGUAUUCAUGCUGGUAUUCGGACAGCGGGCUGAUUUUGACAUCUCGCUUCUAAUCGAUAGAGAAUGAGCGCGUUAGUCAAUUACACAUACACAAAUGCGCGCUAAGCUGGAACGUAGUAUUUUGCGCACAGUAUGCCAGCUCGUCCUGUUUGGAACUCCCCGGCAAAAUUCGAAAUUUUACACUAAAAUGUUCAAUUCACUGACCUUUUUUCCCUUUGCUCCUGGAUUAGCGCUGAUGGCUAAAAUUAACCGUCGUCGAAAAUUCACAUUUUCACACUUCUUGCUGAUCAUAACUGCAUUUUUGAAGUAUUAUUGGAAAGACGAGAUGACGGCCUACUGUACCUUCGUUUCGCCGCUGCCAUUGCAAUGACAUUCCUGACGUAAAUUACGUCACCUUUUCCGCCAGCUGAUCGAUUUCGGAUUUUCGUUUAAGUUUUCGGACAGCUGGAAUCGAUAACUAAGCUCAUGCGCGUAGCAUGCGUUAAUCUAGAUUCUAGAAUUAUUUAUUAUUUUUUUCAUUCUCAGUUAUAACUAUAUAAUAGUAAAAUCAACUACGAUUAUUGGACCUACAUGUAGCUGUAGGGAUAUGUUGACACGAACUUUUCAUGGGAAAAUGGCAUGUUUAUUAUACCAGUCUGCCUGAUUCUAAAAUAUUUUUGUCGCCAGAUUUACUAAAGAAUAAUAAUAAGAAGUCUCAAAUCUAGGCAAUUUAUUUUCAGUUUUAUCAAUUGUUUUUAAAUUGAGAAGAGCUAGAUAUUUUAUUUGAAUUUGUGCAAUCAAUGAGUACAGUAUUCUAGAAUGAGGCCAUUUUUAUCAACAUGGGCCUGAAUUUUGAAAUGAUAAUGUUGGGGGGAAUUCAAACUUUCAUAAGAAAUGUAAUAUAAAGAUUUUUGUUUUUUUAUAUUUUUAUUUUUAGUGAUCAAAAUGGUUAAUAAUGUUUUUAUUUUAGUGAUUAAAAUGAUUUGUAUAAGGGAUGGUAGACAUGUGUUCAUUUUUACUGUUUUAUUUAUUUUAAUGUUAAUUCUUAGUGAGUAAAAAUAAAUUUAUUAAACUAAUUCUUUAUAUUAAAGUUAUGAAGCCAAAAUAUUAAUAUACUACCACUAUUUUUAAUGUAUGAUAUAGUGAAUUAAUUAUUUACAAUACUGUUAUGGAACAAAAAUGUCCAUCAGGCUGAUAAAUUUAUAUCUUGUGUUUUUUGUGGGGGUGGGGGCAUUCAGGGUUUGGAUUAUGCCCAUCCCCACUAAAACUGUAUUUAAUACAUGUGCAUCUGCUUUUUUCAGUUGAUCAGUUGUUUCUAUCAUAUUUAAUCUCGUUUAUAUCAUAUUUAAUCUCGUUUUAAAAAAUGUCAUUGGACACACUUUGAUUUAUUAUUCAUAUAUUUUGUAGCAACAGAUCCCUCUCUAAGAAGAAUAUUGUUUAAAAUGAUUGUUUGAUAAAAAGUUUAUAUUAUAUGUUUUAUUCUUGUGGAUGUUACCUUAUAGGACUACAUGUAAGUCCAGGUCGGGGAGGAAAGCCUGCUGGGGCUAUAGUAAUUUCUUUCCCAGACAACUUGGACAUGUACUGUAAACAUCCCUGUUCAUUUUGUCAUUGUAGGCCCUAUAUUCUCAUGUAAACUGAUUAAUUGUGAACUUUUUUGUUGUUGAAAUGCCAAAUAAAAUAAUAAUAAUAAAGAAGAAGAAAAGGAUUGAAGAAGAAAAAGAAGAAGGCGAAGAAGAAAGAAAAGAAAAAAAAAAGAAGAAGUCAGAAGCACAAAAAAGCAGAAGAAAAGGAAAUAAAACUGGGACC